AGUAGAAGAAGCAGCAGCAGCAGAAGAAGAAGAAGGUUUUUCCUUCAGGGGUGGUCUCCUCCACAGUCGCUGAUGCUUCCCAGAGUCCCCCGCUCUGCUCGGCACGUCGCUGUCUGCCUUUCUGCCGCUCGGCCUCUGGCUCACUUCAGACCGCACAUGGACCCGGACCCUAACCGGCCCGUCGAAACCACCAUCAGAACCAAACUUACAGACACGUUCAAGCCCGACCACCUGGAGGUCCACAAUGAGAGCCACAUGCACGCCGUUCCCCCCGGCUCCGAGUCCCAUUUCCGUGUCCUGGUGGUCAGCUCCCAGUUUGCGGGCCUGCCACUGAUUCAGCGCCACCGUCUGGUCAAUGAGGCGCUGAAGGAGGAACUGAGUAGCUGUGUUCACGCGUUGGCUAUCCAGGCAAAGACUCCUGAGCAGUGGGGCACGGACCCCACUCUGGCCAAGAGUCCCGCUUGCAUGGGAGGUUCAAAAGGCGAUCAGAGUGUGGAGGAGAAGCUGAAGGCCGGACGGGGAUAAAGAACCGGACUCUGUGUUUGAGUUUUUCCUCACAUUCUGUCACAUGGUAACCUGGUUCCCACAGUUCUGGUUUGGUCUUAGUGAGGUUAACUCAAGCUUGGAGUUAACCUGUGUUCAUCUGGUUUAAUGGAUGGUCGACUCCUUCCAUCAGAAGAUCAGAAGCCAUCGAGUCACAACGUAGGUUUUUUUUUUUUUUUGCUCGUUGGAACUUUGUAGGUUGGGAACCUCUCUUCACAUUAAUAGUCUUCUAUUUACAAUUGUAUGAUUGCUCUUAUGUUGUAAAACUUACAUCAUCAUACAAAUAAAAAUAUCGUACAAAAAGUUUUGAUCUGUGCAUUUCUGCUGCUGAAUGUAAAUAAAAGUGGUUUCUGUGAUUCACUCUUCCAUGUUAAAAGAUAUUUAUUUUACUUGCAAAAAGUCAUUUUAUGGAUAAUCUGCCUAAUAUGCAGCAGAUUAUUAUGCAUUGGAUUUAUUUAUAGCUGUGAUCAAAACAACAAUGGAUAGAAUAAAAUAGCCUUUAUACAUUAAUAAAACAGAUGAGAAAUGCAUCAAAAUAAUCGAGGAAUAAUUUUUAUUGAUAUGUAAAACUUUGUAUUUAUUUGAUUUGAAGUACGUCCUUAGAGAUGCUUUUAUUUGAAUUAAACAACUUCAUUUUUUUCUUCAUAAGUAUGUCAAGUUAUUUGGCUAAAUGUAAUCUGGAAUAUACUAAUGAAGUGUUUUACAUGUUUAAUAAUUGUGAAGCUUUUUAAAGUAAGUUUAGUCAGACUCAAAAAUGCAACUAAUUUAUUUCAUGAGGACAAAACUACACAGUGACUGCAGAAGAAGGUUGGUUUUACGUUUUUAUGGAUAAAGCGGUAUCAGGAUUCUGA